UUGCAUUGUCCACUAGCAAACGAAGUCGUUUCAUUCCUCCUUUACGGCUUUCGAAGCCCACGCCGAGCGUGGCAUUUCCGUAAUUAUUGCUUCUUCCCCGCCAAAGCAAACCGCAGGGAAAAGAAAAGAACCAGGACUUGAAAUCAAACAUAGGCAGCGGUGGUUGGGAUACGGCAAUACCGAACCCAUUUUUUUCAAAAAGUUAUUUUCUUAUUUUUUUUAAAAAAAAUCUAUGCUAUUUUCAAAUCUUAAAGCAAAAAGGGUGUCGAUCGCGCGUUGUAUUCUGUUCAUCUUCAUUUUCUUUCUCAUCUGCUCAGUUUGAUUCGCCGAGAAAAAAGCCCAAGCGAAUUUUCUCGGCGACCAAACAGAGCAUCGUAAGCCUUUUUUCGCCAAGCGCACUCAGUAUUGUUACUUUGUCAGAGGAGCAUUUGUGUACGUGGUAAAUUUCAUUAAUUUCUAAUGAGAAAAAUUACCGGAAAUGUGGGGAGGGAGAAAUCUCAGAUUCACUGAACGUGGACGGGAUUUGGGCUUGUUCGCUGUGAUCUUAUUGAAGAGCAGGUCAAUUUGGAUGAUGAUUGCAUAAUAAAAGUAGUAAUUAUCGAUAUUCCACAAAGACGAGGGCCAUCGAGUGCGGUCGUAUGGGAACCCAAAGGGAAGGUUAUGAGACACAGUUUGAUUUUUUGUGAAAGGGAACUUUUUGGAUAGAUGUUAUCUCGUGCCUUUCCAUCCACUAUCGACGGCUUUCGUGCAAAGCAUGUGAGCUGAGGAGGAAGCAGAGUGCAUUGCAGGAGAACGUCUAGUCCUUGUCUUUGAUGGGUGAUUCAAGUAACGAGGAGCUCAAAACAAAAGAGAUGGACAUUAGAAGCCUGUCAUCCUCACAGAAUCAGAUGCAGAACACACUGUACAUUCACAAGGUUGGAGUUCCUUCUAAGCAAAAUCUCCUGAAGGAAUUCACAGCUACUGUGAAGGAAACACUGUUUGCAGAUGAUCCUCUGCGCCCCUUCAAGGAUCAGCCCAAGUCUCGAAAAUUCAUCCUAGGAAUCCAGACUGUUUUCCCCAUUGUUGGAUGGGUGAGAAAUUACAAUCUUUCUAAAUUCAAAGGGGACCUCAUAGCUGGACUCACCAUUGCAAGUUUGUGCAUUCCCCAGGACAUUGGGUAUGCAAAACUUGCCCAUUUGGCUCCCCAAUAUGGGCUGUACUCCAGCUUUGUCCCACCUCUUAUUUAUGCCUUCAUGGGCAGUUCAAGAGAUAUAGCUAUAGGACCUGUGGCUGUAGUGUCUCUAUUGUUAGGGACUCUUCUACGGAAUGAGAUUGAUCCUAUUAAAAAUGCAGUUGAGUAUCGGCGGCUUGCAUUCACUGCUACAUUUUUUGCUGGGAUCACUCAAGUCUCCCUUGGGUUUUCCAGAUUGGGCUUCUUGAUAGACUUCUUAUCUCAUGCUGCAAUUGUUGGUUUUAUGGGAGGAGCUGCCAUCACUAUUGCCCUUCAGCAGCUUAAAGGAUUCCUUGGCAUACAGAAUUUUACAACAAAGACUGAUAUUGUUUCGGUAAUGCAUUCAGUGUGGGGUUCAGUCCAUCAUGGAUGGAACUGGCAGACUAUAGUCAUCAGCGCAACUUUUUUGGGUUUCCUUCUAUUUGCGAAGUACCUUGGAAAGAAGAACAAGAAAUAUUUCUGGGUACCGGCGAUUGCCCCACUAAUUUCUGUUGUUUUGUCCACCUUUUUCGUCUAUAUUACCCAUGCCGAGAAGAAAGGCGUUCAAAUUGUAAAGCACAUAGAGAAAGGAAUCAAUCCACCGUCAGUGAAUGAGAUAUAUUUCAGUGGUGAAUACCUCUCAAAAGGUUUUAGAAUUGGUGUUGUGGCAGGCAUGAUAGCAUUGACGGAAGCCAUAGCAAUUGGAAGAACAUUUGCUUCCAUGAAGGACUAUCAACUGGAUGGGAAUAAGGAAAUGGUGGCCCUAGGAACAAUGAAUGUUGUUGGUUCGAUGACUUCUUGCUAUGUGGCAACAGGUUCUUUCUCUCGCUCAGCAGUAAAUUACAUGGCUGGCUGCCAAACUGCAGUCUCCAACAUUGUGAUGUCCUGUGUUGUAUUUCUAACCUUGGAAUUUAUCACUCCUCUCUUUAAGUACACUCCAAAUGCCAUUCUUUCUUCCAUUAUUAUAUCCGCGGUGAUCAGCCUAAUUGAUUUAGAGGCAGCGGUUCUGAUAUGGAAGAUUGACAAAUUUGAUUUUGUCGCUUGUGUGGGAGCCUUUUUCGGUGUGAUUUUUGUCUCUGUUGAGAUAGGCCUGUUGAUUGCGGUCUCAAUAUCAUUUGCUAAAAUCCUUCUACAAGUUACGAGGCCACGGACUGCAGUUCUUGGGAAGCUCCCGAGAACAAAUGUUUACAGAAACACCCAACAAUAUCCAGAAGCAACUAAGGUUCCUGGCAUUUUGAUUGUGAGAGUUGAUUCUGCAAUCUACUUUUCCAACUCCAACUACAUAAAAGAAAGGAUAUUGAGAUGGUUGACUGAUGAGGAAGAACAACUCAAAGCUGCAUAUCAACCACGAAUACAGUUUUUGAUUGUUGAGAUGUCACCUGUGACUGACAUUGACACUAGCGGCAUCCAUGCCUUGGAAGAGUUACACAGGAGUCUCCAGAAGAAAGAUAUUCAACUCGUUUUGGCGAAUCCUGGGCAGUUGGUGAUCGACAAGCUUCAUGCGUCGAAUUUCGGAGACCUGAUUGGGGACGACAAGAUCUUCCUCACGGUGGCAGAUGCCGUCAUUACCUGUUCUCCAAAACUAGUCGAAGAAGCUUGACGAUUGCCCGAAAACAAAAGCAUACAACAGCAAUGGGAGUAGAAUGGUGAGAGUGAGGAGGUGUGAGAGGAAGAAGAUGGGUUGCAUAUGUAUAGCUUGUGUGGUGUAAAUUGAGAGAAGUGCUAUGGUCCAGUUGGGCAGCGUGCGUGAAUGCAGCUGCUGGGGCUCUGAUAUAAAGGUGGUAUGGAGUGUCUGUAUCUUAACACAGAGGCAGAAAUUCCUGAUUAAGUUACACUCUCUUUUUUCUCCUCUUUAUAAGAAUCGCUAUGUGUAGCUGAUGGGUUCAAUGAUAAUCUAUUGUGCAUUUGUGCUUUAGUUCA